AGCCUUUAAUUGAAUGAGAUGAGCAUUUUGGACCUUCCUUCAUUUCCCACCCUCUGGUCUCAACUCUCACAAGCUCUUUCCUCUAUAUCUGUCCCUCACACUUCUCUGCUCUUCUUCAAAACCUUGUUUUCCCCUUUAAGUUUGAUUGCUGUUCUUUGCUUUUAGCAAAACUCCUAUUCUUUUGUUCUUUGUUUUUUUUUCUUUUUUUUUUUUAAAUUUCUGAUAAUGCUGUUUCACUUUUAGCUCUUCUUCUUUUUUUCCUCGUACGAUUUUAAUUUUCCACCCCUCAAGAUCAAACCGAACAGACAAGUUCUAAGGAUUUCAAAAAGAAAAAAAACCCAACAAUGGCGCCGUCUUUUGAUUUAUGGGCAAAAGGCAGCCAUAAAGGUACACCGGUUGUUGUCAAAAUGGAAAACCCAAACUGGUCAAUGUUCGAGCUUGAAGGUCCAUCCGAAGACGAUUUCCUCGUCGGCAACACCCCGACCGGUUCUCGAGAAAAAGCGCGCGGCAAAAACGCCAAACAACUCACUUGGGUACUCCUCUUAAAAGCCCACCGUGCUGCUGGCUGCUUGACUUCCAUUGGCUCCGCAUUUUUCAGUCUCGGUUCAGCCAUCCGUCUUCGGGUCGCCUCCGGUCGAACCGACGCCGACAGUACUUCCUCCAACGAAAACAAAACCGUUAAAACUAGGUUUUAUAACUGCAUCAAAGUGUUCCUGUGGUUAUCUUUGUUGUUACUGGGUUUCGAGAUAGCCGCGUACUUCAAAGGCUGGCAUUUUGAUGCCCCAAAGCUUCAGUUGCAGUACGUUUUCACUUCGCCUUACGGUGUUAGAGACGUGUUCGACUGGGUAUACACUCGUUGGGUAUUGAUUCGGGUGGAGUAUCUGGCUCCCCCUCUUCAGUUCCUCUCAAAUUUCUGCAUUGUUCUCUUCCUUAUCCAAAGCUUGGAUAGGUUAAUCCUCUGUUUGGGUUGCUUUUGGAUCCGUUUAAAAAAGAUCAAGCCAAUCCCCAAACAAGACGCUGUUGCAGAUCUUGAAUCUGGGGAAAAUGGUUUCUUCCCAAUGGUCCUCGUUCAGAUCCCUAUGUGUAACGAAAAAGAGGUUUACCAACAGUCUAUUGGUGCUGUUUGUAAUUUGGACUGGCCAAAAUCCAAAAUCUUGAUUCAAAUUUUGGAUGAUUCUGAUGAUCCAACCACUCAGCUGCUUAUUAAAGAGGAGGUGCAUAAAUGGCAACAAGAAGGUGCCAACAUUGUAUAUCGGCACCGUAUAAUUAGAGAUGGCUACAAAGCUGGGAACCUUAAGUCCGCCAUGGGUUGUAGUUAUGUUAAAGACUGUGAAUUUGUCGCCAUUUUCGAUGCUGAUUUUCAGCCCACCCCCGAUUUUCUUAAACGAACCGUACCCCACUUUAAGGACAAUGAGGAUGUAGGAUUGGUUCAGGCAAGGUGGUCGUUUGUUAACAAGGAUGAGAAUUUACUAACCAGACUUCAAAACAUAAAUUUGGCAUUUCACUUUGAGGUAGAGCAACAAGUGAAUGGUAUUUUCCUUAACUUCUUUGGGUUUAACGGGACUGCUGGAGUUUGGAGGAUUAAGGCUUUGGAGGAGUCCGGUGGGUGGUUGGAGAGGACAACGGUUGAGGACAUGGAUAUUGCUGUCCGAGCUCAUCUUAAAGGAUGGAAGUUCGUUUUUCUCAAUGAUGUUGAGUGUCAAUGUGAAGUUCCUGAAUCCUAUGAAGCUUAUAGAAAACAACAGCAUAGAUGGCAUUCUGGUCCUAUGCAGUUGUUUCGUCUCUGUUUGCCGGAUAUUAUCCGUGCUAAGAUAAGUGUAUGGAAGAAAUUCAAUUUGAUCUUUCUGUUCUUUCUACUCCGGAAACUGAUUCUACCGUUUUAUUCAUUCACUCUUUUCUGCAUUAUUCUCCCAAUGACCAUGUUCAUUCCAGAGGCUGAGCUUCCUGCAUGGGUUGUCUGUUACAUCCCUGCUACAAUGUCGUUCCUUAACAUCCUUCCGGCACCAAAAUCCUUCCCGUUCAUUGUUCCUUACCUUCUUUUCGAGAAUACCAUGUCGGUGACCAAGUUCAAUGCUAUGAUAUCUGGUCUUUUCCAACUCGGCAGUGCAUACGAGUGGGUCGUUACGAAAAAGUCCGGACGAUCUUCGGAGGGUGAUCUUGUUUCAUUGGUUGAGAAAAAGCCAAAACACCAUCGGGUUGGAUCAGAACCCAAUCUUGAGGAAAUGAAAGCUGAUCUCCAGCAAGAACAGGAACAAAAGGCUCGUAAAAAGAAGCAUAAUAGAAUAUACACGAAGGAGCUCUCUCUGGCGUUCCUCCUCCUAACAGCUUCAGCUAGGAGCUUACUGUCUGCACAGGGUAUCCAUUUCUAUUUCUUGCUGUUUCAAGGGAUAUCCUUCCUUCUGGUUGGUCUAGACUUGAUUGGCGAGCAGGUUCUGUAAAGGACAGAUUAGGGGCUGAUACAAAUACGGCUGAUGCCGGCGGAGACACACGGAACUCAAACGUGAGACUUUGAAUUGGUCUGAGAGUGAUUUUCAUCAUCUUCUACCCUCUAGAUUCUGGCCCUAAUUACACCCAGUGUAAGUUAAAAUGGUGUUACAAUGACAGCAUAAAUAGCCUCCAUUUUGAACAUAGGCAACACUGGAAAUUUGUGAUACUGUUCAGUGUAUGUAAGGUUUUCCUUUUUUCUUUUUUUGAUUCUUUUGUUUUUCUGUCAAUUCUUUUGUAAGAAAAAGAAGGAAAAAAAUUGUUGUUCAAACUUUAAACUUAAAACAGGAUGUAGUUACAGUUUCGGUUGAGGGUGUAAAAUGGAUGAUCCCUUCCAUCACCAUUUGAUUCACCAAAUCCAGGAAAAGUCAAGGAAACUUCAUAUCCUUAUUGUCA